CCAACACCAAAUCAGCAACUGCCGUUACACUGUCGUAUCCGCGCUGUAAUUUUGCUGUUCAAACCAAUUGAGGGCGUUCAUGGUACCCAGCAAAGCUUGCGACAGAGGGAGCCUUUCUCCGACAUUUAGUACUAUGAGUACCGUAGCUCGUUUGGCCCCUCAGUAUUGAUUGGCGUCAGGCUCGACAGGGAUUGAAAAUAGACUCCAUCCGCCACCGACGUCAACCUAGGCAACAUGACGCCAGCAUCAUCCAUAUUUCUACCCGAUCGGGGGCUUCCUUUCAAGGGUAUACUUCGUCGAAGCGAGGACGACUUGAGCAUACCACAGGUGCAACGGCAGGACAACGUGGCGAAGCACGGGUCGAGCGAGCCACGACGUCUGGCUCACGUCAAAUGUCGAGCCAAACUGCACCGUGAUUCUCCCGUCUUCGUCCGCCACCGCCAGCCACGUAUAGCCGUUCACGUCCAUGAAGUCGUUCCAGCAAAACAAGAGUUGACCCGGCGUACACUCGACCACACUAAACACAACGAGCUUGUCGCCAACGUCGAAGUCCGAGUGAUCAAUCGAUGCGUCCGAGACACAUCCAAAGCCAACCAGAUGAAGGAAGGCUCGCUCCGCUUGGAACACGGGGGACGUAAAGAAUGCACGCGCGACUGUCUUGACAGCAAUCGAUGGCGCGUCCAACGUGGUUUCAAACACGUCCACGUGCUGCGUGUCGACAAACCGAUGCAGCAAGGUGGUGGGACGCAAGGCCGACGGUCGUGACGCAUGGAUGUCUCUUGUGGCCACCCCAAACGUUGUCACAACAGAAGCGGCAGCCGUCCCGAGGGUCACUACUGGUGUAACCAUUCUUCGCCAUGCUGUCAUGAUUGCUUUGGUCGGAUUCUU